AUGCCAAAACAGGCCAAGCUGUACCCCACGAAGAACAUUAUAGGUGCAAAGGAUCUACUUGCUGCAUCGAGGUUCAUCAAGGACAAUGUCGUGCUCAGGAAACUAUGUCUGUUAGAUCUCGAGACUAUGCACGCUCCAGUGAUUCAUGAUGGCACUUUCUCCGACACCUUGUAUUUCUUCUCAGCCUUAGCAGCACGCUAUUUGCGUCAACUCGACCUUUCUGCCAUCAGUAUCACCAGAGUUGUGGUCCCUACCGUCAUCGAAUAUGUGACAUCACCACGCCGCACUCUGGGCCGACUGCAGUGCAACGCGAACAGCCUGACACUGCCCAGCACACGCAAAACUGGUUCACCCUAUACUGCGCCCCGACGGUCCCCAGCACCUGCAACCACCAUCAUCCAUGUAUUGUCGUGUGCUCUAGGUCAUGGUGUUAUCAAGAAGGAACGAUUAUCUUCUUUCUAUAUGGUCUAA